GGCAGGGACAGGAGCAGGACCUGGGCAGGAGGGAAGCCUCACUCAUCCCUGUGUCCAGUGGGGGACCCUGGGGAGACUGGGCUUGGCUGGACAUGUGCCCCAAGGGCUCCUACACCAGUGGCAUCAGCUUCAAGCUGCAGCCUCCAUGGCACCCGGGGGGCUUUGUGCUGCAGGUCCAGGCACCCCUACAAAGGCUCCUGAACCACGGACUGGCUGUCACCAACACCCAGUUUGUUUGCUCUGAUGGCCUGGAGGGACUGGGGUCUGCCUGGGGCCAGUGGGGCAGCCCCCCGUGCCCUAUGGUGGUGUGCAGCAUCCAGGCAUGGCAGGAGACUGCGCUGGGGCUGAAGAGAGAUGACACAGCCCUGAAUGAUCUGCAUCUCUUCUGCUGCCCAUAA